CCUUGCAACCUUUUUCUUAUCUGAAAGUACAUCUAUCUAUCACCAUGCAGUGUAUCCAACUCCACUGCCACUUCCUUCCCUUGCAUUCAAAGCUCAUACACAGACAGAAAGUUGAGAUCAACAAGAAGCUGCUUUGGCUUUCUACUCAUGAAUCCACUAAUAAGGUAGCUCUUCAUAGCCAAAACAUUUCUUCAUCACAUCAACAAUGGAGGACAAAAUCCAUUUCUGAUUCUCUUGUUCUUGGUCUCACCACUUCUCCUCCCAAACCUGACAUUUCAGUCCUUAUUCAGACAGGUGCAGUUCUCAUAUUCUUCUAUGGAAUAGCCAACUUCGUGGUGCCUUAUUUCGUCUCCAAAAGUCUAGGACUCGAUGAAGAUGAGAAGCUCGAGGAUGAAACAGGCAAGGCCACAAGUAAUACAGAGACCUCAGAAACCCAGAAACAAGACUUGGACAAAACCAAAGUGUGACAAGAUUCAGACCCAAGAAGAACAAAAAAAAAAAUUAGUUUUUUAAGUUGUACUUGCAAAUUCCAAAUAUGAGGAAAAAAUUUUCAUUUCCUCAUUUCUAUUGAAUAAAAAUGUUUCCAGUAA